AUGCUCGGAUGUGGGCAUAUUAUCUGGUGGUCGAAAAGUCACGACGACAGCUUGAGCUUAAGCUUAUUGCCAUGGGAUAAAUUCUUGAACAGGUACAGUCGCUUACACAUUAUUUCUUUUCAAUGAUUUUUUUUUUUAUUCCACUAUCAAUCUCAAUCUGUAUCUUGUUAACCGUACCGACGUAGACGUCCUCGACAGCACUCUUGAUUUGCAAUUCCCUUGUGAUUUUUGUCCUGCUACUGACCUUUUUACUUCGUUCCGCUUGGUAUGUACGAUUGAUGGGUUUUUACAUGCUAAUUUCUUUUUUCCUUUAUUAAUAAACCGCUGUCCUCCUCCGCUUCCAGGUGCUACGCGAGACUGGCAAUGAUAGGAGCCUUCUCAUAA